UUGUUGAGAGCAUACAAUAUGACAAUGGCGGCGUUCGUUUAUACGGUGUAAAAGUCAAAUAGCAUUGGGUAGUACACGUGUCAUUGCAAGCACACCAUUGACAUUUGUACACGCAUUGAGACGAUCAAAAUCCUAAAUAAGCUCGGACGCAUUAUUGCUCUUCAUCUUUUAUAGCAAAGAAAUCUUUGAAAAACUACCGUAAAGCGGCAACCCAGCAGUUUCAAGAUGAUCACAGACGUACAAUUAGCAAUAUUCUGCAACAUCCUGGGGGUUGCACUAUUUUUCUUAGUAUUUCUCUUUCACUACAUAAAUGCGAAUUAUUCGAAAUAAGCAAUGGAGAAUUUGUUAUACAAAAGUUUAUCUAAUACAUAACCUAUGUUAUUGAAUUGAU